GCAGUAACGUUGCAAUUUAGUAAUUAAUGGUGACAUUGCGGAUAAUUAACUGCCGUAAAUAAUUGUAAUUGUGCUUAAGUUCUAUCUGCUGGCCGUGACUACGUCGGCGAGGGGGAAAAGAAAGGAAGGAAAAGAAAAAAGAAAAAGAAAAAAAGGAAAAAGAGCCGGCGAAUGCACCGUUGCGUGUUCUUUACCGACGAACACCUAGCCACCGUCAUCGCGGUCGUCAUCGCCGUUGUCGACAGCCCCGACACCGCGCCGGUCUCGCUUUGUUCGAGCAAGGAUGCGUCUGUUCUCGGAAUUGCCGCGAGGACGGGAGACUAAUACACGCGAAUACGACAAUACCUAUCAUUCGACACGAGGAGGAGGAGGAGGAGGAGGGGGUGGAGGAGGAGGAGGGAGCGGCGGCGUCAGUGAGCAAGCUGUCCCGCAGACAAGUCCUGCGAGUAGCACGAGUAGCUCAGGUCAGGUGAAUCAGAGCCUGCAACAGGCGAGCCAACAAGCUCACCAACAAUCGGUACCGCCACCCACCACAACGGCACCCCAAUCUGCUCAAAUGGGAAUCUCUACGGAGGAAGUGAGAGCCGAGGAGGAGAGUAACCACCCUAGAGCAGCGCCGACCAGCCCUGAAAGCGAGACCGAGGUCGAUGACUUUGCGCCGAAGAGGAAGCAACGCAGAUAUAGGACUACCUUCACCAGCUUUCAGCUAGAGGAACUCGAGAAAGCUUUCUCGAGAACUCAUUAUCCCGACGUGUUCACCAGGGAAGAAUUAGCCAUGAAGAUCGGUCUCACGGAAGCACGAAUACAGGUUUGGUUUCAGAAUCGGCGGGCAAAGUGGCGGAAACAGGAGAAGGUCGGGCCUCAGGCGCAUCCGUACAAUCCGUACGGAUUGGGAUCAGGUGCGCCACCACCGUCGGCGGUCGUCGCGCCGACCUUGCCGAACCCUUUCGCCCACCUGGGCACGUUUGCCCUGCGGAAACCCUUCGACGCGUUUCGUUACCCACCUCUGGGUCACGGACCGGUCCUUCCCGGUAGUUACACCGCUCAUCCCUAUCAUCGCGCGCCGCCACCGCUGCUACCACCUGGAAUGCCUCUGCCGUACACAUCGGCAGCGUCCUUUCAAAGUCUCUUGGCGAACAUAUCCGCGGCGCAGAGGCCGAAAUUGAUACGCAACUCGCCGCCACCUCCGCCCCCGCCUCCACCGACGGCCGGGAUCAGCCUGCCCCAUCCGCCGCCGGUGCCACCGCCACCACAGACCGUCAGUUCGCCCCAAGGCUCGCCAACGGGCACCGUCGGACUGCCAGACAUCGACAGACGGACCAACAGCAUCGCCUCGCUCAGACUCAAAGCCAGGGAGUACGAGCUACACCUCGAGAUGCUUCGCAAGAACGGAGAUCUCAUCAGCUGAAGAGAUUCGCGGUCCUAGGACACCUAAUAGACGCCUAGAAACUACGCUCCCGUCAGCGGCUGCCUCUAGAUCGACGCUAAUUUCAAAAUUGAUCCGAAAAUCUGACGCGUCGAUCGAGACCGAUUACCGUCGAAUCGUUGCUUUCUUGAACCCAGAACGAAAGCAGCAUCUCGUUCUCAAAACUCGACAUCGAUGAUCUCGACUACGUUGACGUCGCCGAUGAAGCAAACGCGAGGAGAGUUCUUCCGUUUGUUCUCCUCCCCCAGAAGUACGCGUACGAACCUUAUGCGAACGACAUAUCUGUACGGCUUCUUAAAUCCGCGCUUUCGUAUGUUUCGUACAAGAUACGAGCCAAAGAAGAACUCGCUUCGAAGUGAUCGACUUUUCCCACCUUGUCAACUGCGCGUACGCAAAGGAAGGUUGAAUGAUAAUAGUUAUCCCCUUCUUUCUGUGAUCAGUUGUGCCUUCGUUACAUAAUGUCUAAUCUUAGAGACAGUGGAUCCGAUUCUGUUGCGAAUUGCAUGCCCAACGGUCAUCCAGUUGAGAACGCGAUCUCGGAUCUCGGGACGUUCCUCGUCGUUUUAAUCGAUCGUUUGGUGUUCGAAGACUCGGCGCCACGUGCGACAGAUCUCCUUGUCAGACGCACAAACUUGACAACGCGAAACCAACGAUUCAUACGCCACGUCCGCGAUGACAAAUCGAAUGGCCAUUUGAGACACUUGCUAAUUAGAUAUUUUUAUUGGACGUCAGCGUGGAUCGUGACGUAAUGAAUCAUUCAAGCGACAGUUUUUACACGGUGUUGUUCGUUGAAGGAAGAACGAUAUACCUGUCCAUGUACAAACGAGUUUUUUUUCAACCUUCCUUUUAACGUCAUUCAGAAUGACUUUUGCGUUGAGAACGAUCGCGAAGAAAACGAAAGAUCAAGCGAAUAUGUUUCACUUCGUGUACAGUAACGUAUUAUGAUUUACAGUAACGAUAUAAGACGAUGUUUCGAAUUAUAUGCUUACACGUAUGUAUUUACAUUACCAUGUCUUUUAAAUCUAUCGUUUUGUCGUUGGCAAAAGCUCAGGAAAGUUCUCCGCGGAUAUAUAAAUUUUUAAAUUAUCGAGUACCUCUUUACUGCAAACUGUACUUAACGCGGAUUCGAAAGGUCUGAACGAAACAAUCGUUUAAAAUCGACAGUCGUUCGUCGCGUUGGCGAAUGAAAAAAACGUCCACUUGCGAUUAUACGACUAUUUUUAAGCAAACAUCAUCGAAGGAUGUCCGUCCAGAAGAAUACUUGUAUACGCGGCAAGAAAUUCGCUGUCGAAUACAUUUUUAUUAGAAAUACGCAAA